AUGAGCAGUGGAAGGUGUUUUAUUUGUCUAAGGAGGGGUCAUGUUAGCAAGGAAUGUAGAUCCAAGGGGAACUGUAACAAGUGUAAGGGACUUCAUCACAUCAGCAUAUGUAACCAAGGAAGUAAUAUUGAACAAUCAGUAUCACAAGCACCAGGCAAACCUACAGCUACACAGAGCAUUCCAGGAAACAACUCGAAUCUCAAGAAUACYCCAUCUACACAACUGUAUGACAAUACGAGAACUCCAAUAUUGCUUCAAACAGCCCAAGCUCAAGUUUCAAGAUCAGACUCAACUGUAAGUAUGAAUGUUAGAAUUAUUCUGGAUGGGGGGAGUCAAAGAUCAUAUGUCAGUAACAAGGUAAAGUCAGCCUUGAAUCUACCAGUUGAACACACAGAAUCUAUGCUUAUUCAAGCCUUUGGUACAACAAGUGAGAAACCUAUUGACUGUCCUGUGGUUAAGCUUAAUCUUAAAACCCAGGAUGGGGAGAAUAUCAAGGUAGCAGCAUAUUCUGUCCCCUUUAUUUGCACUCCUGUUGUUAGACAAACAGUGUUAGAAGCCCAAGAAAGAUAUGAUCACCUAGCCAACUUGAAAUUAGCAGAUCCCAUUGCUGGUGACCAAGAUGCGGAGAUUGAUAUUCUUAUUGGAUCUGAUCAGUAUUGGAAACUAGUGACAGGGUGUGUGGUUAAAGGGGAGAGUGKUCCAAUAGCACUACAUACCAAACUGGGAUGGGUCCUUUCUGGAYCCAUGGAAGAAGAUGCCCAACAUGACACAGGUGCCACAUUAAACCUUGUAACACAGACUCAUGCCCUAAGAACCAGUAAUAUCAAUUGUGAUCUCAGAACCUUCUGGGACUUAGAAACAUUGGGCAUUACACAACCAGAAAAAUCAGUGUACGAUGAGUUUGUUGAUACCAUCUCAUUCAAGGAAGGACGAUAUGAAGUGCACUUACCCUGGAAGGAUCCAAGACCAGCCCUUCCAGACAAUUAUGAACUCAGUCUAACGCGUUUGAAUGGAUUACUCACACGACUACGACAAGAACCUGAUAUGCUGCUAGAAUAUGACGCUGUCAUCAAAGAUCAGGUAGAGAGAGGAAUUGUUGGGGUGGUGGAUAAGUCAGAACCUUGUGAAGAAGGUAAGGUCCAUUACUUACCCCAUCAUCCAGUUGUAAGGAAGGACAAAAGUACAACAAAGUUGCGAGUUGUUUAUGAUGCCUCAUGCAAGUCAACGGGUCCUUCCCUAAAUGUUUGUCUUUACACUGGUCCUGCUAUGUCACAGAAGAUAAUGGACAUCAUUCUGAGAUUCAGAUCUUACAAGGUAGCUUUAGCUGGUGAUAUAGAGAAGGCAUUUCUGAACAUAUCUGUAAUCAAGGAAAAUAGAGAUGUUUUAAGAUUUCUUUGGAUUGACGAUGUCACUAAAGACACUCCCAACGUAGUGGUCUUACGAUUCACUAGAGUUGUAUUUGGAGUAACUUCGAGCCCAUUUCUACUAAAUGCAACUCUAAACUUUCAUUUGGAACGGUACAGAAAACAAGAUCCAGACUUCGUGGACACUAUGAYGCGUGCAACCUAUGUAGAUGAUGUUAGCACAGGAGCUGAGAAAGUAGAGCAGGCGUAUGAACUCUACUUGAAAUCUAAGGUCAGACUAGCUGAAGGAGGAUUUAAUCUUAGAAAGUUCAUUUCCAACUCUGCAGAAUUAAGGCAGCGAAUAGAAGACAAUGAAGCARGCAUAGAGGAGUGCAUGAAUUCAUCCCCUACAUCAGAGUUGCACCACUCAAACAUUGACACCCACGGUGAGGAACAAACCCCUAACAAGUCUAAUGGCAGUACAACAAUCCACAAGAUCCUAGGAGUACAGUGGAACUUUAAGGAAGAUCAAUUCAUUUAUGAUCUGAACUCUCUAGGAAUGUAUGCCAAUGGCCUUGAGCCUACUAAGAGAAACGUUGCGGCUGAUGCUGCAAAAUUCUACGACCCUAUUGGAUUCUUAUCUCCAGUCACUCUACAAAUAAAGAUACUUUUACAAGAUAUAUGCACUACAAAGGUUGGUUGGGAUGAAGAGUUGAAUGAUGAAUUGAAACAAAGAUGGAGGAAAAUAGUUGAAACAUUACGGAACUCGGAGCCUAUUCUGUUAGACCGUUGCUAUUUUGGUGAGAUCAAGGAGCAGGUUUUGUCUUGCAACUACCAUGGAUUCUGCGAUGCUUCAAAUAAGGCGUACGCAGCCGUAGUGUACUUACAAGUUAGGACCACCACUGGUACUUAUGUCAGGUUUGUAGGAUCUAAAACAAGAGUAGCUCCGUUGGACACACAGUCCACUCCCCGGUUAGAACUUUUGUCAGCACUGAUCAUAGCAAGACUCAUCACGACUAUAAUCAAGGCAUUGGAGAGCGAAGUUCCAGCAGAUAGCAUUACCUGUUGGAGUGACUCGACAGUAGCUCUCUAUUGGAUAACACAAGUUGAUAAGGAAUGGAAACAGUUCGUUCAAAAUAGAGUUCGUGAAAUAAGAACACCUGUAUCCGCACCCUCUUGGAAGCACUGUCCGUGUAUUGAAAACCCCGCAGAUAUUCCAUCACGUGGAAUGAGCGCACCAGAAUUAUCAUCUUGCUCAACUUGGCGUCAUGGUCCGGAAUGGCUGAGCGAACCCAGUCAAGAACCUAGUCAAGACAAGGACUCAUCGAUGGAACCACCAGCUGAAUGCUUUGACGAAAUGACAGUUACGAAGCAAGUUAAGCAGGUUGUACUAGUAACUGCGGAAGAACAACCAAAGUGCAUGAAUGAUGUUAUCAAAUGUGAGAGGUUCAGCAGCCUCCAAAGACUCUUACGAGUUACAGCCAUGGUCAUCAAGUUUGUCAGGAUCCUUCAAUCAAGAAUGAAGGUCAGAAAGAAGGAACAAGGAUCAACUAGAGUUCUUAGGUCAACGUCUAAAGAGAUCAGAAAGGAUGAAGAAGUGAAGGACAUCACAAAGACUGAUCUGAAGGAAGCAGAGCUACUUUGGAUUAGGGAAGCACAAGGCAACAUGUCAAGGAAUCAUCGGUUUAAGUACUGGAAACAAGAAUUCGGAGUAUUCACUGAUGAAGAUGGAAUCCUGCGAUGCGAAGGAAGAAUAUCCAAUGCAAACCUACCUUACGGAACUAAGCACCCAAUACUAUUGGAUGCUAAUCAUGAAUUCUCAGCGCUUCUAAUAAGGGAUUAUCACUCGAGGGUGAUGCAUAAUGGAGUAAAGGACACUCUCACAGAACUGAGAGCAAGAUUCUGGUUGAUCAAGGGAAGGCACACAGUGAGAAAGGUUAUCCAUGGUUGCGUUGUUUGCCGUAAGUUCGAAGGGAGACCCUACAACGCACCUUUAUCGCCGUCACUUCCAGAGUCAAGAAUCAAGGAAUCACCACCAUUCACCUUCACUGGAAUCGAUUUUGCAGUACCCUUUCAUGUAAGUGAAGGAAAGAAGAAACCAAGUUACAAGGUAUGGAUUUGUCUCUGCACGUGCUGUGUGACAAGAGCCUUACAUUUGGAUGUUGUACCAAAUAUGACGCCAGAAGCCUUCAUGAGAAGCUUAAGACGAUUUACAGCCAGACGAGGUCUACCAUCAAAAAUUAUAUCAGAUAACGGAACCACCUUCCAAGCCGCAAGCAAGAUGAUAACAACAUUAAUGAAUGACUCUAAAGUACGCCGAUAUUUGGCAGAACAAAGAAUUGAAUGGUUAUUCAAUUUGCCAAGGGCCCCUUGGUGGGGAGGAGUCUUCGAAAGACUAGUGAAGUCUACCAAGAGAUGUUUAAAGAAAACAUUGGGUAGAGCAAGUCUCACAUAUGAAAAACUGCUCACUACAGUGAUCGAGGUUGAGGCGAUACUCAACUCUAGACCAUUAUCGUAUGUGACAGUUGAUGACAUGGCAGAACCGCUGACGCCGUUUCACUUACUUUGUGGUCGAAGAUUAUUAAACCUUCCAGAUGCGAAUGUGAUGACAAGCCUGGACUCCGCCGUCCAUGAACAAGACUUGAACAAGAGAAUGAAACACCUGAGCAAUUUGAUGGACCAUUUCUGGCUCAGGUGGCGAAACGAGUAUCUACUGGAGCUGAGAGAAAUACACCGUCACUCUGCAAGGAAAAGGGGUAAAGCAGACACCCCAAGGAACGGUGAUGUUGUUAUCGUUCGGGAUGAUGAGCAGCCUCGAGGAUUCUGGAGACUCGGCAGAAUAGAGAAGCUCAUCGCUGGAGCUGACAACCAGAUCCGUGGAGCAGUCGUUAGAGUCAAGUCAAAGAAGAGAGCACCAUCUGUCUUAAAGAGGCCGUUACAGAAGUUGUACCCCUUAGAGAUAAACGACAAGGAAGAAGAAUGA